UAUGAUACGGCCUUAGCGUGGAUUGGCGUGUAUAAAGCACGCUCUGUUUGCGCUAGGUGUGUGUGUGUUUAACUUUGCGGAGGACGCAGUCCGAAAGGCACAACGGUUUUCUCCCCCCAUUAAGUCUUGUGCAUCCCACUUGAGGGUUAUAAGCUCUUACGGUGUCUACAUGAGUGUCACGAAUAAAACGCUAAUGAAAAACAUCAGUUAAUGAGUAUUGACCAUCAAUCGAGUGGGGUAGCUACAGUAAGAGCUUGGCCAUUCAUCGUUCGAGUCUGCUGCAUACCAAUUGGUGUCCAUGCUGACGGGUCUCUGAGCAGUGAGUGUUCACGGGCAGCAGGUCGAUUUCUGAUGGUUAAAGGAAAAAUAUGCUUCGUUUGUGGAUAACUACGGUUGAAAUUAAGGACUAAACGAUACACUACGGACUCCGAAAGACUGUGUUCUUCCUCAGGUGACAUUUUUCGACGCACCUUUCCAGCUGUAAAGGAAUAUUAAGGUGAAAUAGUUAACCAAACAAAAGACAUUUACGUUUAAACAAGGUUUUUUAAUGUUUAAGGUUUUUUGAAAGACCAAAUUAUUUGUUGUGGUUGAAAGUGAUAUUUAUAUAAGUUUUAAGGGAAAUAUUUGUAUUUAAAAGGGGUUAUUUAAAAACCAAACAUUUGAUAUUAAUGUCCAAGGCUACAUGAUUACACCCUGGGAAUUUAAUUGAUAUUUUAAUUGUGUUGGACAUUUUUAUAUUACUGUGUGUUAAUUCGGUGAAUGACAAGAGCUGAACAAAAAUGACAGAGUCAAACUUUGAUCAGGUUGAAUGUGAAAGGUUGAUUAGUAAUCUUCAACAGGAUAUUGAAACCCUUAAUAAUGAGUAUCAAACAUCAACAGAGAUUUCAAAGAGACAACAGAUAACUGAGACAAUUGAGUUUAAAGAACAGACUUUGAGUGAGCUUAAAGGUAAACUUCGAGCAGAACAAACCUUGAGUGAACUUAACAGUAAACUUCGAGAAGAUCUAACAGAAUCUCAAGGUACUCGACGUUCUGUUCGUCCACGAAAUCCCACAGAAAAAAUGCUUGCUUUUCAAAAUGAGGAAGCUUUAAAGAAAGAAAGAAAGCUUAAUUCUAUGUAUGAAUACUGGAAAAUGUUAGCACGUAAAACAAGAGUUCAACUCAAGUCUGAUCUUACUGAGAGUCAGUUAGCAACCCUUAUUGAUACUCUAGAAGAUGAAAAGGAUAAGGUUAUGCGUGUCUAUGUUGACAUUAGAAAUCACGUCACGCCAUCUACUGAACUGAGACGUCGUGUUGAUGCUUGCGAGGCAGUGACAACAGAUUUAAUAAAGGUUGCCUAUGAAAGAAUAUCAGGCAUUGAUGAAUUUGAUGUAGAGCAAGUAAAACAUCGUUUAAAGGAUCUACUCGAAUCCAGCUAUGCUCGUUCUAUAUAUGGGUCCACGGUUUCUCGAAUUAGUCACAAAUCUAGUUCUCAGUUAAGUCAUCAUGCUGCAUCUUCAUGUGUAGCGUCAAAACAUGCUGAAGCAGCUGCAGAAUUGGCGGCAAAGGAAGUGGAGUAUAAAAUGCUAAUGGAGGAAAAUAAACGGAAGAAGAAAAUUCAAGAUUUGCAAGAAAAACAAGAGAGAGACUUAGAUGCUCAAAAACGCGAACUAGAGCAGCUACAAGCGGAAAAGGAUUUGAAAGUAGCGCAGGCAAGGUUUGAGGCUUAUAAUCGGAUAACAGUGCAGGACUUUGACCAUCCUUCAACAAACCGUGUUAUCAUGGAACAACAUUGUCUGCCUCCAAGCCUUUCUAGCCAACCUGCUAAUGAUAUAUCUCUUUCUCAAACUGAAUUGCCUUCUCUUGUUCAAGCCUUACAAGACAGUAUAAAUUUGAACAGAUUACCAGCUCCAGAACCCUUUGUGUUUAAUGGUGACCCCAUUCAGUAUGUUGAGUGGAAGGCUUCCUUUAUGUCAUUGAUUGAUCGGAAAAGUAUAUCUGCUGCUGAUAAACUUUAUUAUCUAAAAAGGUAUGUGGGUGGAUCGGCAUAUAAAACCCUUGAUGGUACCUUCUACAGGAGUGAUGACGAAGCUUAUAAGGAUGCCUGGAGCAAAUUGGAUAAAAGGUACGGUCAACCAUUUGUGAUUCAACGCGCUUUUCGCCAGAAGCUUGCAGAUUGGCCAAAAAUUCAAUCAAAGGAUGCUAUUGGACUUAGAGAAUUUUCAGAUUUCCUUAAUGCUUGUCAGGAGGCCAUACCUCAUGUUGCAAGUCUACAAAUUCUCAAUGACUGUGAUGAGAACCAAAGGUUAGUUAAAAAAUUACCUGAUUGGGUGGCUUCGCGCUGGAAUCGACAAGUUACGCAAACUUUAAGAGAUAAUAAGAAUUUUCCUGACUUUAAAACCUUUGCGACAUUUGUCUCAUUAGAGGCAGAGAUUAGUUGUAACCCAGUCACGUCAUCUUAUGCUCUCAGUUUAACAUCUGUCAACAGACAAAAUCUCAGCGAGUUCAAAGGAAACAAGGCUAAUGUCUUUAAUACUCAGACUGAUUUGGAACAUAAUAGACCAAAUAUCAUUGAGAAAUACGUCAAACCUCCUUGUGUGUUUUGUCAAGAUUCUGAACAUCAGCUUUAUGAUUGUUCCAAAUUGAUGACCAAGACAUUGGCAGAACGACGAGCAUAUGUAAAGGAAAAUCAUCUUUGUUAUGGAUGUUUGAAAACUGGUCAUAGUGCAAGGGACUGUCGUCAUCGUCAUCUCUGUAACUUGUGUAAAGGGAAACAUCCUACUUGCCUUCAUGAUGAUAAUUUCAGUAAAACAGAAAGGCUGGCUUCAUUAACCGUAUCUGCUCCAAGGGAAGAAGAUGAUUCAACAGCCGUUCUGUCUCUGAGUGUGGCCGGAAAGGGAUCAUCUUAUACCUCCAUGGUUGUGCCAGUAUGGCUAUCAUCAGCUAACAACAUGAGUACCGAAAAACUUGUUUAUGCCUUGCUCGAUUCACAGAGUGAUACAACCUUUAUCGAUCAAGAAGUGAGCAAUGCCCUACAGGCAGAUAAAUCUCCAGUCAAGUUGAAAUUGACUACCAUGACUGAAAAGGAUACCAUUGUAAAGAGUGAAAGGAUUUCAGGAAUUCGUGUAAGGGGUUAUAGUUCUGCCACUUAUAUUGAUCUCCCUCCUGUAUAUACUAAGGAUUGCAUCCCAGUUAACCAUGCACACAUACCUACGUGUGAAACAGCUAAACGUUGGACUCACUUUUCUGCAAUUGUUGAUGAGAUUCCCUCUUUGAAAGACUGUGAAGCCGGUCUCUUGAUUGGCUAUAAUUGUGCUAGGGCGCUGGCACCAAGACAAACGAUUUUAGGAGAGAAUGACGAACCUUAUGCUGUCAAGACUGAUUUGGGUUGGAGCAUUGUUGGACCUUCAUUACCCAAGCUUGACUCUUCAGGUAUUACUAGUCUCUGCCAUAGACUUUCAGUUAAAGAAGUUCCUCCACUGGCUCCAGCAGAUGCCAUACGCAUUCUAGGAUUUGAUUUGAAGGAUGCAAAUGAUGAUAAACCUCGUUCUCAAGAUUUGAAGGAUGCAAAUGAUGAUAAACCUCGUUCUCAAGAUGACAUUGCCUUUUUAAAUAAAUUAAGUGACGGAAUGAAGGAAAAUAGCUCCGGACACUAUGAAAUAGCUCUUCCUUUUAAAGCAAGACAAAAUUUGCCAGAUAACAGAAAACUUGCUCUUGUGAGACCUAAUCAUCAAAAGAGAAAACUGUUAAAGGACCAAAGGUAUAAGGAGCACUGUGUGAAAUUUAUGGAGGAAAUCAUUGACAGAAGAGAGGCAGAGGAAGUUAAGGAUGGAGGGAAUCAAGGUGGAAAUCGGUACGUUCCAACAAAGGACAAUCCUGUAGACCAUGUUUCAAGAGGUCUUACUGAUGAAGUGCCUUUAUCUAAUAAGAAGAUUGUUCUUCCUGCCAAUGAGAUUACAGAAUUACAACUAAGUGAGUCUGAAGUCAGAUGUUCUCAAAUACUUUAUGCAAAGGCAGUGGAACAGGGAACUAUUGUAAAUCACCUGUCAAAGUUCUCGUCUUGGUCUCGGGUAAUAGGAGCAAUUCAACGGCGGAUUCGUAAGGACAAGUCAAAGGGACUCUCUACAGUUGAGGAAAGAGGAAAGGCUGAGUGCUUUAUAAUCAAACUUUUGCAAAGACAUGUGUUCGAAACUGAAUUCAAUGCACUAAGUAAGGGUAGCCAAUUGUCAUCCUACAAUCAAUUGUACUACCUUGAUCCAUUUCUUGAUAGUGAUUGUGUGCUUAAGGUGGGAGAAAGACUCAGCAACUCUUCUCUUAGUCUGUUGAAACAUCUCACAAUUAUCCCUAAGGACCAUUAUAUCACAGAAAUUAUCAUAGCUGAUUGCCAUGAAGGAAUUAAACAUCAAGCUCUUACGGUGUCUACAUGA